UAAAGGAAGACGGGCUCCAGCCGAGGCGUGAAAAUGGUUGGUUUAACUGACGGCUUAAUGAGGGUACCGUGACUGUGGAUCGCACGGCGAGGUCGGGAGUGGAUUUAUUUAAAGGAUACACUUGAAACAGUUUCCACUAUACUACAAGCAUUUGAUUAAAACCUCCAAUCCAAAAUGGACAAUACUGAAUUGAACGGUGUCCCAAGCUAUAAUAUUAGCCGCCCAGUUUUUAAUGAGGAAGCUUUCCGAGCCUACCUACAUAAGAAGAAAAUACAGAAGUCAUCAAAAAAAGAAAAGUUUCUACGUUAUUUUCGUUGUUCAACCACAAAAGCCAAGUCAAUACUCUUCAGCUUUGUUCCCAUUCUGCUAUGGCUACCCAACUACCCAAUAAAGGAGUAUAUAUUAGGGGACAUAAUUUCUGGUGUGAGCACUGGAGUAGUGCAGCUACCUCAAAGUUUAGCAUAUGCCAUUUUGGCAAGUGUUCCCCCUGUAUUUGGGCUGUAUAGUUCAUUUUUUCCAGUUCUAUUAUACAUGGUAUUUGGGACAUCAAGACAUGUGUCAGUAGGCACUUUUGCAGUUAUCAGUUUAAUGGUUGGUGGAGUGGCUAUAAAACUUGUCCCAGAUGAUAUGUUUGUGGAUUCCUUAAAUGCAACUAAUAACUCCCUGGCACUUGCAGAAAGAGAUGCAAUGAGAGUUAAAGUAGCGACGGCUACAGCUUUCUUAUCAGGAAUUCUGCAGUUUUGCCUUGGGCUUCUACAUUUUGGAUUUGUUGUUGUUUACCUCUCGGACCCUUUAGUACGAGGUUUCACUACUGCUGCAGCUGUACACAUCUUUAUGUCUCAGUUAAAGUAUUUGGUGGGCAUCAAAACUAAAAGAUACAGUGGACCGCUGUCAGCAAUUUAUUCAUUUCUUGCUGUGUGUGAAAAUAUUAAGGAAGCUAAUAUUGCAACGAUAAUUGUUGGAGGAAUUUGUAUUGUCAUCCUAUUUGGAGUGAAAGAAGUGAAUGCCCGCUGCAAAGAUAGAUUUGUUGCUCCCAUUCCUGUGGAGCUCAUUGUGGUGGUUAUUGGCACUGGUGUUUCUGCUGGGAUAGACCUCGCUGGGAAUUAUAAUGUAGAAGUCGUUGGAUAUAUACCCACCGGAUUGAGGACUCCUGUUCUACCUGACCUCAGUUUACUUUCUAAAAUACUUGCAGAUUCUAUUGCAAUUGCAAUAGUUGGAUUUUCUAUGACUGUGUCAAUGGGGAAGAUAUUUGCUCUGAAACAUGGUUACACUGUGAAUGGUAAUCAGGAACUUAUUGCACUAGGAAUCUGCAAUUUUAUUGGAUCCUUUUUCCAAACAUUUCCUAUCAGUACCUCAAUGUCCCGAAGCCUUGUGCAAGAGAGUACAGGAGGCAACACUCAGAUUGCUGGAGGAUUAUCUGCCUGCAUUGUGCUCCUCGUUAUAGUUGCUUUUGGUUAUCUCUUCGAAUCUUUACCUCAGACUGUGUUGGCUGCCAUUGUGAUGGUGAACCUGAAAGGAAUAUUUAAACAGGUUACGGAUAUACCUUUACUCUGGCGAACCAGCAAACAUGAACUUACAUUGUGGUCCGUAUCAUUUAUGGCCUCUUUUCUUUUGGGAUUGGACUAUGGACUCAUGGUUGCAGUGGGAUUUGCCAUUUUUGGAGUUGUUUUUAGAACACAAAGUCCUAAAUACAGAAUUCUUGGCCAGAUACCUAAUACAGAUAUUUACUGGGAUGUAGAAGCUUAUGAGGAGGUGCAGGAAAUCCCUGGGAUAAAAAUAUUUCAAUCAAAUUCCUCCCUGUACUUUGGAAAUGUUGACUUGUAUGUGAGUGCCUUACAGGAAAAGAUUGAAAUAGAUCCAACUGCAAUAUUAUUGGCAAAGAAAAAUCUUGAAAAGAAAAUGAAACAAAAAGCAAAGUUGGCAGAGGGAAAGAAGAACACCUUCCUAAAGUUGAGAAAAACUGCAAAAGAGUGUGUAGCUCAUGAGAGUGUGUCUAAAGAUCUUCAAAAUGAGGUUCAGAAAAGAAUUUCAAAUAUCCCCAAUACUGAGGAAUAUAGUGCAAGCGCUGAAGUAAGCGUGCCAGGUGCAAGCGCUGAAGUAAGCGUGCCAGGUGCAAGCGCUGAAGUAAGCGUGCCAGAUGCAAGCCAUGAUGAAGAACAAACAACAUUUGUCAAAUCAACAACUGACAUACACUCCUUAAUUCUGGAUUUUAGUCCAGUCAAUUUUGUAGAUACUGUUGGAACAAAGGGACUUAAAAUGAUGCUUGGGAAAUAUGAAGAAAUUGGAAUUAAUGUCUUCAUAGCUGGGUGUAAUGAGUCUGUAAUAACAGAUCUGGAUAGACAGGAAUUCUUUGGUGGCUCGAUUACAAGAGAUCUUCUGUUUCGUACUGUACAUGAUGCUGUGCUUCAUUGUCAAUAUAAAGCUGCUUCUGAGUCACUGUAGAAGAGUCCUUUACUGCAGUUGGCUGUCUUAAUGAAAUUUGCAGUACUUGGAACAGACAUCAUCUGGCAACUUGAAAAAUUGCCAGUACAGAAAAAAGCUAGGUAUUUUCAGGAAUGGUAACCAUUCAAAUAUAAUGACAGAACCAAAUUACACCAUUAAGACUAGUUAAAGUAUUUGUGAUCUACUUAUGAGCUCUAAUUUCAAUAUGUUGUAGAUUUGGAAUUGAGAAAUUUCUGCACUGAUAACUAACUUUGAAGUUGCUUUCAUCUAUUUAUAAACUUUAAACAUAUUUAUGAAGUUUCUCACUUUAAUUAUUUUUCUCUAUCCUUCAUGAGUUUUGCUUCCAUGUAGAUGAGCUGAGCAGAAUAAAUAGCCUUCUCACAGAACGGAACAAAUGAUCUGCUUCCACCUCCAUCCAUGCCUCUGCCAGCAUGUGGAGAGUCAAGUAGAAACAGUAUUCCCAAUUGUGCUAGCCAUGCUAGAGGAUAGGGUUUACUUUUAAUGCAGUUUGAAACCAUGCAUAUUUGAUUAUUGACCUUCAUAAACAUUUCAUUCGGAUGGUGAAAUAUAAAUGUAUACUUUUUAGCAUUUGAUUAAUGACGUUGACCAUUAUUGCUGUGGCUUUCUUUUGAAUUCUUCAUCUUAACCAAGAAGAGUGUGUUCUGAAAAGUAAUUCCCAAUAUAAUUCUGGUCAGCACUGUGUGUGUAAAAUAUGUCAGUGUUCUGUUUUUGUGGAAGUUACUAAUCAAAACCUGGAAUUAUUUACCUGAUCAUAUAUUUUCUCCUUUACUUGUUAUCUUUGUACAUCACAUCUAAUUGACAGAUUAAACAAGAGUUGGUUCCCCGGCUUCUGCCUACCCUUCUUGGUCAUGUACUGCUGAAUUUCCCAUUACUUUCAAUCCCUUUUUAAUUUGAAGUGCUUUCAUUGGAUCUAUUUUUGGAUGGUAAAAGCAAGACUGACUUUUCUAGUCUUACAAUUCAAGUGAGGUUGAAGUCAGCUGCACUACAACUCUUAUUUGAAGUCAGGUAACCCACUUGAUGUGUUUAAAUGUGAACCUUUCUUCCCCCCAGUGAGACUCUGCAAACUGCAAUUACAGGAAACUGCUAUAUAGAUGGCACUGAAUGUAUCAUUGUGAUAAUGUAAAUAGGUUUUUUUUUAAAUUAUGAACCUUGCCAAAAUCUCUAUUUUGAUAGUUUUUAAUCACAAAACCUGUUUUUCAUUACUCGGAAGUGACCAUUAGUUUUUGAUGUUUUGAAGGUCACUUGUUGCACAACCUAAAUUAGUAGCACAGUGUAAAUGAUACAAACUCUUAGACUGAUUUUGGGAUACAGAUACAACCAAAACUUAAUAAGAUGGUGGUAGGAAUGUAUGGGUGUUCCGCAUACUGGUGGGCAGGUGCCCAAAAGUACUGUUAAUUUUAAUUGUUAGGGCUGGUUUGCAUUCUGUGCUUGUUCAUUGUGCGUAAAUAUCCUAAGCAAACUGCUUCACUCUUUCUGUUCCCGGCUUCCAUUCUGUUCCACUUUGUACAAAGGGAGAAAAACUUUCCCUGUGCAUAUGAUGCAUAUAUUCACCUGACUGUAAUUUACUCUGAGAUUUGGAAUGGUUUUGGUUUUUUUUUGUGUGUGGAAGAGUUAUACACAAUGCACUGCAUUGAUGGUAAUAUGAUGGAUCCAUUGCUCAAAAUUUGUAUUUUUGUUUGAAAUGAUGACUUAAGUAAAUAUGAGAAUGUCUGUCUCAAAUUGAAUGAUAAGUCUUUGAAACCAGUUAUUUUAAACAGUCAAUGUAAGGUUUCGUCAUUCUUCAGACUAAGAAGGGCCAGAAAUUCAAUAUGACAUUUGCAUCUGACCAAAAGAAUUGGCUUCUGUCACGUAUGUGGAUAUCAAAAUGAAGGAAAGAUCAAGUUUUUUUUUCUUGGGAAAUGGAAGCAAUCUUGGAGCAUCACUGAGGAAGUGAGAUCCUACAUAACAUUUACAGUCUUGGAGGUUUUGUAUAUUUCCCAGGUUUGUUGCAUAGUAGAAUGGCACACUGAUGUGUUUCAUUGUUCCCAACGUCCAACAAACACUUGACUUUAAAUUUGUUUAUUUGUCAUUUGUAAACAAUCAUUAUCUUGCAAAAUUACACUUCCUCCAGCAAUCUGGAACAGUAACAAGCUCCCUGACACUGUUUUUAAACAUCCUAGACAUCUUGCACUUGGAAUGAUCAGGUUUAACAUGGUUUUGCUGUAGUGGUGUUUUGAUACAGUUGCCAUCUGAAUCCACCUGGAAUUGUGUAUAAAGUACAAUGUUAGUUUGCCUUAAAAGUGGAUAUUAAACAUCCACAUUGAAGAUCUUGCUCUUCCUUAGUUUGCAAGCUUAUGACUUUUCCAUUGUACCAAUGGCAAUGACUCCAUUUUAACAAUUCUGGAACUGUUCUGUUUUGUGUUGUGCUCUGAUUACUGAACAUAUUACACUAUAUAAAAUACAGAACAAAUUGCUGAUACAAGGGCAUAAGUUGAACUCUAAGGCUGCUAUUUGGGAUUUUAUAUCAAUCAAUUCUUGAAUACAAAUGUUUCAUUAUGAAAAUGCAAUUUAAUGUUAUUUGAAAUGUAUUUUUCUACUAUAUAUUAAAAAAAGUAUUGCAAGUUGUUCUUUCUGUGU